AUGUUCUCUUUGGGAGGCAGCGCUAGCAGCAAGCAGACUGCGGAGAGGAGAGGUCACACUCUGAAGCAGCAAGAGAAAGCAAGGAGACCAGCCCUGACAACCAUAGUCGACGAUGCCAGCAGCUCGCAAACAGGAUCAGCUGCCGCCGUCCUGUCCCCUCAUGGCAAUCAGCAACUGACAACUGGAACCGGAGGAGAGCGCAAGAGACGCAAUGAAGGUCGGCUUGACAAGGAACACGACACGGAUGUCCAGAUUCUCGGGAGCUCGGCACCCGUCUUCGAUGGAACCCGGGGCCAGCCUGAACGGAAGAAAAAAACGGUCGAAAGCUCCGGCUUUGCUGCCGGCCAGACAAACCCUCUCCUGGCGACGAACGGCGGCCCGACUGUCUCGCGCUCCACAAGAGUCGCGGCCGCCGCGCGCAUCGCACCAAACCCCACUGCGCCCGACUCUUCGGGCCGGAAGAACCACUCAAAGCCCCCGAUACCUGCUGCCGCCGUAAGGAAGCCCCCCGGCAGACCAAGGAGAGUGCGCGCGCCUGCUGUGGCAAGGGCGGGGCUUGGUCUCCCGGCUACUGUCAGGAACGUCAUGGCCGGAGUCCUGAGUUUGAGCCCGGGUGUAUUCCCCCCGGGCUUCACCUUUCCGGCCGCUCCAGCGUUCCCCUUUCCAAUGGCUCCAGCCUUCCCCGGUGGCCCCCAGCCCGCCCCGCCCAUCCGGACCGCCACGAAGGACGCCUUUGCCGCUCUGAUCGGGAGCAAGCUGGCCGUCCUCCAAGCGAGAGACGACGAGUACCAAGCGGUGGCCGCCCUGUUCAAACAGGGCGACCAGGGACACGUGGUGGCAGUCCACAAGGUGCUGAACGGAGCCGCGCGCCUGGCCGCGUUCGAGGAGGAGGCGCGCGCGGUCGCGCGAGUGCGCCGGCAGGGCGCCAAGGUGCAGCAGUGCUGGCACGGCACCAGCCCCCAGGCUCUGCUGUCAAUCCUGAAGACCGGCUUCACCGCGAGCAGAACCGUGAACGGAAAGUCUUUCGGAAAUGGGCUCUACAUGGCGCCGGGACAGCACGCUCGCACCAGCAGGGGUUACUGCCAGCCGGACGACUCUGGGGUCCUGCACAUGUUCCUAUUGAAGGUGAUCCUGAGCAGUGUCGAGACGGGCCGCCCAGCGAUGGACCUUCCCAGCAACCCGGAGAAGUACGACUCCGCUGCAGACCGGCCAAGCAAUCCAGCCAUGUUUAUCAUGUGGACGCCGUUUCUUUACUCCAGAAUUUUGCUGAAGUACGUUGUCAGCUUUUGCUAA